AUGUGGUUCGAUAUUCUGAGAGAGAAUAAGGUUUUUGUUGAUUCUGUGAAUGUGCAGGUUAAAGAUGGCUCAAUAAUUCGAUUCUGGCAUGAUUGGUGGUGCGAAAAGAGGUCUUUCAGGGAGAAAUAUCCUAGGCUUUACAGGAUCAGUACUCAAAAUAUGUCUACUGUAGGCGCAAUAUACGAUAAUGGUUGGAAUUUUCAAUUCAGUAGAGUGUUGGAUCCUGCGGAAAGUAUUGAUCUGUUGGAGUUAAAGUUUGAUAUUAGACUCGUAGCUCUGAUACAGGGUGUUGAAGAUUGCUUGGAAGGAGGUGUUUCUGCCAAAACUGUUUAUGCGAAAUUAUCUGACACGGAUCCAGAUUGGGAUGGUCAACAUAUUCUGUCAAGUAAAUUCGUGCCUCCAAAGGUACUUUUCUUAUUAUGGGCUUCUCUACGUGACUCCAUCCCAACCAGACAUAUGUUACAGCAUAGGGGUGUAGCAGUUCAGUCAAACAGAUGUCUCUUUUGCAAUACAGAGGUGGAAACUAUGGAUCACUUAUUCAUUCAUUGUAUAGAGAUUGUGCAGUUAUGA